AUGCGUGUAAACGGCGUCCAUGGAUUCUCAUCAUCAUCAUCAUCAUCAUCAUCAUCAUCAUCAUCAUCAUCAUCAUCAUCAUCAUCAUCAUCAUCAUCAUCAUCAUCAUCAUCAUCAUCAUCAUCAUCAUCAUCAUCAUCAUCAUCAUCAUCAUCAUCAUCAUCAUCAUCAUCAUCAUCAUCAUCAUCAUCAUCAUCAUCAUCAUCAUCAUCAUCAUCAUCAUCAUCAUCAUCAUCAUCAUCAUCAUCAUCAUCAUCAUCAUCAUCAUCAUCAGUCCCUUGA